CACCUCGGGCGGUGCAAGCAUGCGCAGUAGAAGGAGCGGAGGUGCUGUGGGUGUUGCUACCUAAACUCUUCCGGUCCGAAGUCUUGUUCUGGCCGAGAGGGAGCCGAACUGGCGGUUUUGGGGCUCUUGGCGUUGGGUGGAUGGCGUCUUGGGGCCCAGAUGAGCCAAUGGGAUCCUGCCCGCUACGGCUGGGGCCAGAGAGGCAUCUUUUCCGGACGGCCCUCCGGCGAGAGGAAGGGUGGAAGCCACACCCGCGAAAGGUGGAAAGUCUAUAUCACAGUUGGACAGUGGAUUCCAGGGACCUGUUUCAUUGCCUUCAAAGUUCCUUUGGAAAAGAGUUUUGAAGAGAAUCUUGCUCCAGAAGAAUGUUUUUCCCCCUUGGAUCUUUUUAACAAAGUCCAAGAACAGAAUGAAGAACUUGGACUGAUUAUUGAUUUAACAUAUACUCACCGCUAUUAUAAGCCAGAGAGAAACUUAUCGGCGUCCACUGUACCCAUGGUGUAAACAGGACUGGCUACCUCAUCUGCAGCUGGAGGAAGUGUCGAGGGAUUACCAGAACCGUGCACUGAAGCUCUCACUGAAAUGCCUCCAACCUCAGGUGGUGGGUUAUUCUCAAGUGUCUGGCUAUGUGGAUGUUGUGGCAGACAAAAUAUCUGGUGAGGCUG